UCUCAGUGCUGUCAAGCGGAUAUAAUAGUUCAGUUGUUAUUUUCACUGAAUCGAAAUUAAAUUGAAAAAUGCUCGCUCAUCGCCAAGCUAAUGUAAUACCGCGUCUGUCGGGUCGCGGCAAUUACAAGGAAUGGAGCCACAAGGUGGAACUGCAUAUGCGCAUCCAAGAAAUGUGGCCCGCUGUCAUCGCACCGCCGGUGCCCAUUAAAACCGAGGUGGAACGGGAGGAUUAUAUAUUUGUUGCCUCGCGCAAACGCAUUUACAUACAGUGUCCCGAUUCCUUGAAUCGCAAAGUGAAGCUAUUUUUGUUAAGAUUCAUAGAACCUAUGAUUAUUAUGCCUGGUUAUCCUGAAAUGAGUGUUCCCUACAUUUGGCAUGAACUGAAACGUCAAUAUGGCCAUCUAGAUGAGUCCAAGCGGAAGCUUAAUGCGAAGCUGCUGAAGAAAAGCAAGAAAAUCAAGUUGGCCAAGGAGAAGGAAAACUCUUUCGGAAUAGAUCCAUGAGUGAAGUAUAGUUCUAUAAUACAGGUUGUUUUGUUUUAAAUUUGUUGUUCGUUUUGGUCGUUAGUUAAAAAGCACAAAUAAAAAUCAGGUCUUAAAACCAAUUGGGACCUUGAACCGAGUAUCUA